GUGGCCAUUAACUGCUGAGUGACUUCCUGCAAGUCAAAAGUGAGAAAGCUCUGUUUGGAAUUCCAGGUUGUGCUAGUUAGUGAGAUUAGCCACUGGAGUGCUUUACUAUCCAACAAAGUCUGCAAUGACAUGUUUUACAUUUGCAUUGUUAACAUCAACAUCUACGGAAUUAUCAGUGUGGUACACUGGAGGAGGGCGGGCCCAGCGGGAACCUGACAGAGCGCAGUCUACAGGAUGCUCAGCGGCUCUUCCUGAUGAAUGAUGUGGUCCAGCCAGUAACCAUCAACCCCCUGCUGAUCCAGGACAACCUACGAUUGUCCAAGAUGGUGGUGGACAUCGUGCAGGGCCGUGACAUGCUCUAUCAUGUCAUGUACAUCGGAACAGAAUAUGGCACCAUCCUCAAGGCUCUCGCCACAACCAAUAAAAGUCUUUAUGGUUGUUACCUGGAGGAGCUUAGGAUCCUCCCUGAUGGGGCACGACGACCAAUCAGGAGCAUGCAAAUCCUGCACAGUGAUAGGUCUCUAUUUGUGGGACUUGAUGACAGAUUGGUGAAGAUUCCAUUAGAGCGCUGCACUAGCUAUUCAACAGAAUGGCACUGCCUCGACGCACGGGACCCCUAUUGUGGUUGGGAUCUGAAAAAGAAACGCUGCACCACCAUCGAACACAGUUCCAACAUGAACCAGUGGACCCAAACAUCACGCAGUGCCCAGUGAGGAAUAUGACACAGGAUGGUGGCUUUGGCCCUUGGACACCUUGGCAACCCUGUAACCAUGGUGAUGGUGAAGGCUCUAUCAGCAGCUGUGUGUGUCGAUCCCGCUCAUGUGAUGGACCCG